AUGGAUGAUCAAGUGUGCCCUAGGUGUAAAACUACAAAAUAUAGAAAUCCAUCAUUAAAAUUGAUGGUUAAUGUUUGCGGUCACGCAUUAUGCGAAAGCUGCGUUGACUUACUUUUUUUAAAAGGUUCAGGUUCAUGUCCUGAUUGUGGAGUCCCACUGAGGAGGAGUAAUUUUAGAAUUCAACUUUUCGAAGAUGCUACAGUCGAGAAAGAAGUUGAUAUUAGAAAAAGAGUUUUGAAAGAUUUUAACAAAAAAGAAGAAGAUUUCAAUUCUUUAGAUGACUAUAAUAAUUACUUGGAAGAAGUUGAAACGAUAAUAUUUAAUUUAACAAAUAAUAUAGAUGUUAUUGAAACGAAUAAAAAAAUUGAACAGUACAAAAGGGAAAAUAAAGAUGUGAUUUUAAAAAAUAAGACUAAAAUAGGAAGAGAAGAGUAUGAAUUGGAAGAAAUAUUAGAAGAGGAAAAAAUGCAAGAUGAAGUGAGAAAGAAAAUGAUAGCUCAAGAACAAAAAGAAGCCAAGGAGAAAAAAUUAAUGGCAAAAGAGGCUUUAAUCGAUGAACUCAUGUUUUCACAUUCCGAUGCCAAAUCAAUUGUUAAAUCAUAUAAUGAAGUAAUUCAAGCAACCAAAGAAGAAAGUGAAAAACCCAAACCGAAGCCGACACAAUUUUCUACAGGUAUUAAAUUAGGAUGGCAAAAACAACAGGGUUUUCUUCCUGUACCCAAAGUGCAAGAAGGAGAACCAUUUAUAUAUAAAAAAUAUGUGAUGAGCAUAGAUGGGCCAGAGCCACCAUCGUGGGAAAGAAUAAAAAAAGAUGGUUAUUUAGUUAAUAUAAGAGCUGAAAAUGAUCAAGAAAGAGCAGGUGGUUUUCAAAGUAAUAUCGCAUGCAUGAGAGCUUUACAGGAAGCAUUUGUUGGCCUUUUUAGUUCAUAA